CCCCCCACCCUGACAACUCAGAAGUCACGUGGUGUCACUUACGUCAUGAUUGACAUCAUCACCGGCCUUGUUUGCCCGGAGGCACAACUGUCCUUACUGAGUGUUGUCCAUCUGAGAUAAAAACAACACAUGCCUCACACGUGAGACAUCAGUGUUUGUGUGGGAGCCCAUGCGAUAGGACCUACUGUACUACUCCAACAUAUAUACCUUCUUCAAAACAUUUCCAACAAGAGCGAACAUCUACUGAGUACAUAGGGCAUCAACAUGAGGGAGGACAUCUACAAAGACUUGGAGUGCGACUACCUAGCGCAGGUAGAAGACGUGCUAGAACACUCGUCGCCAAAAAGGCAGCAGGGAAAACAACUCCAGGCGAUUAUGACGACGUUUGAGCGAGAGAACCUGACUUGCUGUGUCCACCUCGGCGUCUUUGAGAAAAAUCCGCGCCUGUUGCCAUGCCUGCACCACCUGUGUGACGACUGCCUCACGGCGCUCAUGAGGAACAGUAUAACAUUCCGCUGCCCGCUGUGCAUGAAGAAGUACAUGGUGCCGUGGAAGGGGGUCGAGGCGUUCAACCAGGAUCCGAGGCUUAUGUCGCUGAGGAACAAACUGAAACAGGCGAUGAACAGAAACAGGACGACGCUUCGGCAGCUGUUAAACAGCGCACUCCUACCGUGGGUCUGAGUGAAAAACACGUUAUGUAACCAGGCUGAUCAUUGCUUCAGGGAGCUUCUUAGGUGCGUGUGGGAGCAUUGCAGCCGCUUGGACAAUUAUCCUGCCUCGGUGAUUUUGUCUGCAUGGGAACCUGUAGAAAUAGUCAUCCCCACGGUUAAAACUAAUUUCAGGGCAGAUGAUUGGGCCAAUUUCUGCGUUUCUAUCUACCGAUUUUUAAACUGUUGCUCGCUUUCUUGAAGGUACCAUCAUAAAAAAACAACAAUGGAAACAAUGAAAAGUCAAUCGACAAAGAUCACUAUGAUAGCCCCACCGAUUCACUUGCUUUAGAGUCAGACUGUUACCCAUGCAUGCAAAGUGUUGGACGAUGCACAUGGUUGUUGUUGCUGAGACUGAAUAUGAAUUCGUCCACAACCUGUGCGUUCAAACAAAUGUGAGUUCAACUCAUCAAAGAACAUUUUGGAACUUGGUAUGAUUUCAUAGGUGCUUUGGGGGAAGCCUCCUGGAUUCUUCCGCAAGAAAUUGUAACAAAUGCCUAAAAGAAGUACACCAUAGACGAUAAUUGUGUAUUUUCCCUUCCAUUGUGAGCUAUGGAAAUUGACGUCCACUUGUGUAAAGCUUACGUCAGUAUAUCUGUUUCUGUAAAUAGUAUAAGAGUUUAUAUCAUAUUAUAUGUACAUUUAAAAGAUUUUGCUUAGCAUAUGUAUAUAAAAAAUGUAUUUAUGAAUAAGCAGUAUAUGCGCCUCGAAGAGGACGUGCAAUAAGUUUUCAAGAACAGCAUCGUAUUUUUUAAGUUGUAGAUAGAGCAUGCUAGCGCAAAACGCAUACAGGAGACAAUAUAGACACUAAAAUUUAUAUUUAUGAAAGUUUUAGCCCAUCUUGUCGGCUAUCUUUCACAAAUAAAGAAGAGUACAUUUUUGUAUAUCAAAGACACUUGGUUCUUCGGUGUUUUCCUUCGCCAAAACGUAAACAACCACGUAAAAAAACCCAGCUGUAUAUAGCUCUGGGCAUUGUAGUAUCUGUCAAAAUGGUAUGUUGUCGACCUUGCCUCUUCGAAUCUUCACGUAACAUGAUACACGAGUCAUACUAAUAACAUUAUUGUGAACAUAAAGAUUGAUUGUUCUUAAAAAAGGGACACGGCAAUCUUACGGAAAACAAGUUACAACUGCGUAACGAAGAUAAAGUGUUAAAUUGUCCGUUAAUUAACUAUUGAAGUAUUUCAAGGAUAAGUGUGGCGUAAGCCGGUGGCGUAAUGACCUUGGAAAAGGGUACAAUGGAUCUGGAUUUGAUCAUGCCCUAAGCGCUUAUUAUCUUCAUCUAUCGAAUUACAUGUGGGAUUAAGAGGUUGUAAUACAUAAAUAAUAGAUAUAUAUAUAUAGAAAAUGUAACUUUGAAGUGUAGGAUCAUUGGGCGAAGUAUAGACAUAUUGUGACUAUCCACUUGGUUGCGUAAUUGUGCGUGUAGCCAUUUAACUAAAGAAUA